GCAGCAGCCCCAGCAGCAUUGCCGCCGCCGCAGCAGCAGCCGCAGCCAUGGCAGCAGCCGCCGCAUUGAGCUUUAAUCAACAGGAGCAACAUAAGCUACCUGUCAAGGACUCGACAACAGUUGCAGAGCGCCACAGCAAUGGCAACGGCAACAGCCACAGCAACAGCAGCACCAACAGCAGCGCCUGCAGCCCCAAAAUGGGCUCACGUCGCAUCUUCACGCCGCAAUUCAAGCUGCAGGUGCUCGAGUCGUACCGCAAAGACAACGACUGCAAGGGCAAUCAGCGUGCCACAGCGCGCAAGUACAACAUCCAUCGACGCCAGAUACAAAAGUGGCUGCAAUGCGAGCCCAAUUUGCGCUCGUCGGUGGCCAACAAUCAGCAUCAGCAUCAACAGCAGCAGCAGCACCACCAUCAGCAGCAGCAGCAGCAGCAACAGUUGCAGCAGCAUCAGCAGCAAUUGCAGCAGCAACAGCAGCAGCAUCUGCAUCAGCAUCAGCAGCAGCAACAGUUGCCGCCGCCGCAACCGUUGGCGCCGCCAACAGUUACAAUGAAGCCGCAUCAGUUCCAUCAGCUGCCGCAUGCAUUGGCCGCCCACCAUCAUCACCAUCAUCAUCACCAUCAGGCGGCAGCGGCCGCCUCCGUGGCAGCAGCUGUUGCUGCCGCGCAUGCCCAUCAGAUGCUGACGAACAGCUUUGCCGCGCCCCACACUCAUCCGCAUCCUCAUCAAUUGGCGGCCGCAGCUGCAGCAGCGGCAGCGGCAGCAGCAGCCGCUCCACCGCUGGCACCGCCGCCGCCGCCACCACCUCUGCUGCCCCACAGCAAUGGCACAACAGCAAUAGUUGCCAGCGCCAGUGGCAGCAACAGCGGCAGCAGCUAUACGUUGUCGGCCGCCAAAAUUGCAGCUGUGGUAGCAGCCUUUGCCAACAACAACAACAGCAGCAGCAGCAGCAACAAUUGCCACAAUAACAGCAGCAGCAGCAACAGCAGCAACAGUUGCAGCAGCGCCACAACGUUGCCAUAUUGCUCAACCAUGCAGCAGCAACAAGUGCCAAAUGCCGUGCCAAUAACCAGCAACAGCAGCAACAACAACAACAACAACAACAAUAACAACAACAACGACAACAGUCAGCACAUUCCUCAGCCCGCACCGCAGCAACAUGCAACACAGCAGCAACAGCCGCUUGCCUAUGCCUAUUAUUUGCCACUGCCCGCGCCAAUGGAUCUGUCGCUAAGCAGCGCAGCGCGACGCCAGCGCGAACAACAGCAACAGUUGCAGCUAGAACAGCAACAGCAGCAGCAGCAAUCAUUGCCCCUGGGUUGUCGCAAGCGCGCGGCACAAACGCUGUGGCAAGGCGAGAGCAGCUGCAGCAACAGCAGCCCGGCGGAUAAGCUGAGCAAACUGGAGGCCAUCAAAUGCGAGCCCAGCGACAAUGAGGCGGACGACGAUGUGGACAUCGAUGUGGAGGCGGAGGCUGAGGCCGAGACUGAGGCUGAGGCGGCAGCAGCAACUGUUGCUGAGCACAAGCUGCCCGCCAAGCAGGUGAAGCUGUUCAAGCCCUAUUUGCUGGACGAGAGUGCAGCACAGGAGCAAGAACGGGAACGGGAACGGGAACGAGAACAGGAGCAGGAGCAGGAGCAUGACCAGGAUCAGGAACAGCUUGAGCUGCGCGUUGAAGACGAGUGCGAUGCGGAUGCCGAUGAUGAGGAGCAUGCCACGCUCAAUGGCAGCAGCAGCGCCAGCAGCAAGAAGAAGAAGCGAGUCGCGCCCAAGCAGCGGGAGCCGAUCAUCUGGAGCAAUCAUCCGUUUGCCGGCGGCAGCAGCAGCAACAGUUGCUUUCAGUCACCGCCGCCGCCGUCGCUGCUGAUGCCCUAUGCAGCCGCUGCAGCAACGCUGCCGCCGUUUCACGCCGGGAGUCCUCAGCAGCAGCAGCAGGCACAGCAACAGCAGCAGCAGCAGCACUUUCAAGGCAGCACCAGCUGCAGCAGCAGCAGCAACAGCAGCAAUUGUGGCGGCAGCAAGCCCGCCACGCCCACAAUUAACGUGCUCAGCCCCUUCUCGGCGCCGGCGCUAUCGCCCAUCGGCUUCUGCUGUCCCAAAGGCUCGCCCGUGUCCGGCUACGAGAGCAGCUCCUCCACAUACAGCGACAGCCCCAGCGCCAGCUCCUCCUCCACGCACGGCUACAGCCUCAAUUUGCAGGUGCAUGCCGCCGUCUACAACGACAAUCUAAUGCAGCAGCAGCAGCAGCAACAGCAGAUGCAGCGGUGGCUUGAUCAGGAGGCGCUGGCACGUCUUAACUCGGCUGCGGCGGGCGGCGCAACAGCCACGCCCACCAACAGCAGCAGGGCGGCGCCCAUCACACUGCUGGCCUAAGCGGCAGCAACAGUUGCUGCCAUCCACAGCAGCAAUCGAACCACCCACCUUAGCAAGCGUUUGGGGGCGUGGCCUAGGGCCUCUUCCUGGGCCUUGUAAGUUACAGAUUAACAAAAAGUCUAAAAACAAAAGAAAAAAAUCCUUUUUUUUGCCUGU